AUGGUCAAGGACAACCCUCAGACCACCUCCAAAGACCUGCAAGGUCAUCUUGCUGCAGAUGGUGUCACUGUGCAUUGCUCAACCAUUCAGCACACCUUGCACAGAGAACAGCUGGAUGGGAGAGUGAUGCGGAAGAAGCCUUUCCUGCACACACGCCACAAACACGCUCGCUUGAGGUUUGCCAAACUACAUUUGAACAAGCCAGGCUCAUUUUGGAACAAAGUGCUGUGGACUGAUGAGACAAAGACAGAGCUAUUUGGUCACAACAAGAGGCGUUACGCAUGGAGGCAAAAGAACACAGCAUUCCUAGAAAAACACUUGCUGCCCACAGUCAAAUUUGGUGGGGGGUCCAUCAUGCUGUGGGGCUGUGUGGCUAGUGCAGGAACUGGGAAUCUAGUUAAAGUUGAGGGUCGCAUGGAUUCAACUCAGUAUCAGCAAAUUCUUGACAAUAAUGUUCAAGAAUCUGUAACAAAGCUGAAGUUACGGGGGAGGGACGCAUAUCCACACCAGUACUCUCUGAAACUGGAGAAGGGAGACUACACCGUGAGACUGCAGGUGCGUCACGAACAGGUGACUGAGCUGGAGCGUCUGAAGGACCUACCCUUCAUCGUGGCCCACCGCCUGUCCACCACGCUCAGCCUGGAUGUCUAUGAAAGCCAUCGUGCUGCACUGCUGGCCAAGAAGAAGGUCAACUCCCUCACCCUCUCACCAGGAGCCUGUCAGCCAUUCUACAUCACAGCCCUGCCUGAUGACAAAAUUCCCAAAGGGACGGGUCCAGGCUGCUACCUGACGGGGUCCUUGGUUGUCCCCAAGACCGAGUACGGAAAGAAAGCAGGCCAGGCCACAGCAAAGCGACAAGGAAAGUUUAAAAAGGACACUGUCCCACUGGUCUACCACCUGAUCUCUGCCCCCAACAAAGCCAAGAACGGUGGAAAAGAGAAAGAGAAGGAUGGAGAGAAGGAGAAGGAUGUAAAAGAAGAGUUCUCUGAAGCCCUCAGGGAUUUGAAAAUCCAGUGGAUGACCAAGUUAGAUAACAACACUGUUUAUGAGGAGCUGAAGGAGAACUUCAGUACCUAUUUACCGCUUCAUGUCCAGCGUCUGCACCAGCUGGAUUCAGAGAAGGAGCGAUUGAAACGGCUGGCCGAUAUUGUAGCUGCAGCAGAUGUGGUUGUCUCCCACAUUGACCAGACAGCCCUGGCGGUUUACCUUUCACUGAAGACAGACCCACGGCCUGAUGCUGCCACCAUCAAGAGCGACAUGGAGAAGCAGAAGUCGUCUCUGUUGGAUGCUCUGUGCAGGAAAGGCUGCGGUCUGGCUGAUCAGCUGCUGCAGGCUCCACUGGAGGAGGGAGCCAUAGCUGGGGCCGGUCCCCCGGGUGUGGGAGCCAUCGAUGGGGCCGGUCCCCCGGGUGUGGGAGCCAUCGAUGGGGCCGGUCCCCUGGGUGUGGGCAGCUCUGACGACGACUCACAGGAUGUGGCCAGUGCCCUGAAUGACACUUUCUGGGAGGUGCAAAAAUGGGCAGACCUCACAGAUACAAAGGUUUUAAGCUUUUCCUACAAGCACGCGCUUGUGAACAAGAUGUAUGGGAGGGCUUUGAAGUAUGCAUCUAAAAUUGUUGAAGACAGACCCAGCAAAGACAACUGGAAGAAUUGUGCUCAGUUGAUGCGCUCCCUGGAGUGGAUGCACUGUGCCAACUUCAGUGACAGCUGGCUGCCCAUCAUGUACCCGUCUGACUACACACCCUUUUAAGGGCCCGCAGGUCCCGCUGGCAUUUUAACUGGCUGCCUAUGGGCUGCUUGCAUGUUCAAAAUGCAAAAUGCACAGACACACGCAAUACAAACAAAUGCAGACCACUCACUCUGAUAAAUGCAGUAGAACUUACAGGUUGAAACUGAUUGAUUGAUUGAUUGAUUGAUCAUAAGCAAAGUCCUUUUCUGAGCACUCUACAGAAGAACCUAAUUCCUCCCCACAGCGUGUGGCCCUCUGCACACGGCACCCUCAUUAAUAUAGAAAACAUAAUCGAACGCUCAAGCACAACAGAGAAAGAAGUGCUCAGCUCAUUUCAGUGUCACACACUUUCUCUGUAAUACUGAGUAAAUGUCAUUCUGAAUGUGGUCAAGAGGUGCACUCUCAGUGUCCUGGUCUUUAUCUCUGUAUGUGUAAACCCCUGGUGGACACUGGGUGUGUCUGUUGGACCAUUGGGUUAAUGGUAGCCUCCUUGAAUCAUAAACAGUUGUCAGUAACACUUUCUCUAAACCUUCUGUCGUAACAUUGACAUAACCAUGUCAUAAACCUGUCAUGACACAUCCUGACAUGCCAAAGUAGGCCAUGCCCAGUGAUAAAACAGUGUCUAGUUAACAUGGUCUGUUUUGUUUACGACAGCUCUCAAAAUAUUUGGUGGGUUGACCGCUGAUUAGCUAAUAACAUAACACCUAUGUCACAUAUUAUUCUGAGAGCUGUGAUGACUAUUAGUGAUCCUGGCAACAUGUUUGUCUCGUUCAACAAUGACUAUAUGAUGGCUGAUGACCGGAUCAUUCUGUUGGUCAGGACAUGGUUAUGACAAUCUUAACAUGGAGGGUCCACAUGAAGUGUCACCCCAUUCUCUGUGAAGGAAUUUGUAGAUGUGCAUUAUCACAAACAGUUACCAAGGCAAUAUCAAAUGUAAUUAAUCCAUAUUAUUUUCUGACAUUUCUGUAAAAUGUAUGCAUGUUUUGUAACAGUUUUUUGUACAUUCAGAAUAAAUGUGACUGAGCUUUUUAUUCACACAGCUGAAACAGGCCAGGUUCAGUCUUCUACCCUCUCAAGAAUGACUCAUUACAAACGUGUGUGUGUGUGUGUGUGUGUGUGUGUGUGUGUGUGUGUGUGUGUUAGAAUGUAACAUGUCCUGUCCUCCCUUAAUUGUGUUGUUUCAUUUAAAAAAACAAACACUUCAUGUAGCCAGACAUUUUUAACAAGGCCUGUUUUUCUUUUGUGCGUGCGAAACUGAAUUUGUAUGCAUGACCACCAAUGCCAAAGUCACCAUGGACUCGGACUAUAUCACAGACAUCCUACUGUUGAGACCUUUGACCGUUGUCUUGUGCAUCCCAGGACUGGAGUGUCUAGUACUGGGAGGAGGAUAUGUGAGGAAGGUACUGACUGAUCUUCCUUCCCGACCCCUGUGUGUUAUAAACAAAUCAUUUUGUUUUUUUUCUGUUCCGGGUUUUGCUGUUAUGACUUUAUUUACAGCAGUUCCUCUCAAGAUUGCCUUAAAACUCAAACUAACUUGGACAUCCUCAUAUGACUUCAGUCACGGGUUGCAUAUCACAUACAGGUUUGAUGUCAAAGACCUCUCAGAAAUAUUUAUGAAAUUGUAAUUAUAAAGUAUAGAAUAAACCUAGCUCAUCCAUACAUUUAGUUGUAACUGUAUGUACAAGUAUUACUUCACACUGUCUUGUUUCCUAUGGACUCCAGUCAUACUCUUUUGUUAUCUCACUGAAUGUGUAGAGUUAUGUCACAACCUUUCAAAGUUAUUUGAAAGUGAAAAUAAAAACAGACAAAAUAUCA